UCUAGGACUUUUAUUUUGUUGCUGUGGUAUCAAACGGAUGCUAUCGUUUGAAUUCUAAUGAUAUUAAUUCAAAUGUCAUAAUUCUUGUGUCAUACAUUUGUUAUUUUAUUUUUGGUCCAUAUCGCCCAGUCCUAUAUUUUUUUACAAGUUUAAGUUUAGUAAAUCCAUAUGCUGUGUGUAUUUUCCUUCACUGGGUUUACGAUGUGACCUUUGAGAUGGAGGGAAAGUGUUGUAGUGAUAAAAAAACAAACAUGCAGUGUUUUUAUUUGGAGGUCCACCAGCUGAACUCAGCUGCCUAUCACGUUUACUCUUAGUUAAUAUGAAACCGACUUAUCAUUGGUGUAUACUGGCCUCUUCCUCUGUGGGGUUAAUAUCUUAUAGCUAUAAAUAUGUGGCAUUUUUACAAGGUUAGGGUCAUAUAGCAGCAGCAGAGAGCGGUUCUCGGCUCUCCCCUGUGUAGGCCUCUCUGCGGCUCCCCUCCCCUCCCCAGCCUGAGUGAGUACGUGCGGAGAGACGGGCAGUGAUGGCGGAGCAGAGAGCGGUUUCCUCAUUCCUCUGAGCUCCGAUAACAACAUACAGGAGCUAAACAAUAACCAGUUUCUCCUUCUGACUUUACUGUCACCGGUUGAAGUCGAGGAAGCGGCGGGUUGGUGUUAAUCUGUCUGCUGGUUUAUAAGAACUGAGGCCGCGACAUGAGAAUGCCGACAGCUGAGGCGGCAGUGAGCGGGCUAAAACAAUGCAGACAGGCCCAGGAUCAGCUGGAGGAUGCCAUCAGAGGGGUGAUGAAGGCUGAGCAGCAGCUGAGAGAGAACAGCAGAAAGGUUCGUUCCGAUCUGCAGAGCUGUGUGAGCCGUCAGCAGGAGGCGCUUCGCUGCAGGGAGGUGUGGCUGCUCGGGCAGAUUGAGCUGCUGGAACAACUCAAGACUGAAACGCUGCAGCAGCAGCUGCACCAGCUGCACUGGCUCCGUGGUCAGUUUGACGUGAUCACCCAUCAGCUGCAAAACUCCAGCAACAGCAACGACCUGAGCAACCAGCUGACUAGCUGCAUGGAGAGGCUUUCCUCUCUCAGUCUGACCCCAGAGGAAACACCUGAGCUCAGUUUUCAAGCCGACACCCGCUCUCUGAGACAGGCCAUCACUUCGUUUGGCAGUAUCACAGCUCAGCCUGCAGAAGGAGUAUUUGCUCAGAGCCCUGUUCACAACAGUCGCGAGGUGCAGAGCUGUCCAGUUGCUGCAAAGAAACAGAAGAUGGAGUCUGCAGCUCUGGGAGAAUGGCUGCUGGGAACUCAACCAGCAAGCAGAGCUCUGAUUGGUUACCAGUCUAGCAAGAAACCCGAAGACUGGCUUGUGGCACGCAAAGAGAGCAAGACCACAUGUCCUGUUCUGGCCUCCAUGGACUUCCUGAAGGCCUGGGGUCAGCUCAGGGACCUGGAGGCUUGGCUCUUCCAGGACCAGCAGACCCCCAUCAGCAGGGAGAGAACCAGCAGCAGCUGCAGCUCUUCUUCCUUCUCCAUUGAGAAGAUAGAUGAAUCAGAUUUCCCCGCCUCUCCUGAGGAGAUGGAGGAGGAGGAGCUCAGUGAUUGGCUUAUCACACCCUCUCCUGUGGCCAUGGAUGCCGUGUCUGAUGCAGAGAGGUGGCGAAGGGUGCUGAAGCCGUUUGAGGACAAGUGGUCCUCCAGUGAUUGGCUGGUGGGGUCGACCACUCCCAGCGCUGACUGCUCCUCCUGCUGUCAGACCACUAAAGCCGUGGAGAUAGAGAACCUGGGCCAGCUCAAGUGCCUGAAGACCCCGCCCACCUCCAGCCCUGCCUCCCCGAGCUCCACAGCCCCCCCAGCAGCCCUGGAAGCAUGGCUGCAGCAGGUGGUGCCACUGCAGCAGACCUGCAAGGCCAACGAGGUUUGUUCCACCUACUCCGCCUGCGUCUGUGACGAGAACUGUGGGAAAGAAGCUCUUAACCUGUGGCUGCUCAAGCAAGAUGGACGAGACAAGAAUGGAGUCCCUGUGGUCAAGAGCGCCCCGACUACAGCCAAGAACGCCCCGACCACAGCCAAGAACGUUCAACCUAACCUUAACCUGAGGGAGCAAGAACAGAAGGUCCAAGCCAUCCUGGAAGCCUGGCUCCAUCCCACAAACUCCUCCUCCACCUGCAAGAUCCCCCUUCAAGCUCUUACCUCCUCCCUCUCAGGCUGGGUGGUUCCUGAGGAGGAGAAGGCCAGCAGAGAGGAACACAGCUCCCAGUUCAAGUCCUCCUCCUCUUCUUCCUCACCAUUCCAGCACCCCCUGGAUCCAGACCGCUGGGUUCUUCCAGGACAGUCGUUUCCUCCUGCCAAAGGGUCAGAAAGUCAGCCCCACUCGACAGCAGAAGAAGACAAAUGGCUGCUGAAGAAGAGGAGUCAGGCUCAGGAGCGGCUGGUUCUGCCCACUGUCUGUGACCUGUUCUCGUGUAUGAAAGUAAGCGGGGACAAAGAGAAGUGGCUGCACAAAGCUGCUGAACAGAUGUGACGAUGAUAACAAAGCUGGUGGAUGUUUCUUCUUCUCUCCUGUGGGAGACACUAUCGCUGAUCUGCGCACAUGAUCACAACAAUCUAACCAACGCCGCCGCCACUUUCUGCCUGUGCCACCACCACACUGCGCAUCUGCCCGCCACUCUCUUCCAAUCAGGACCAAUGACUCAUCCAUGAGUUUAUUACCUGGACCUUCAUUCUUGAGAUUUAAUCUAGAAACCUGAAAGGUUUGAGCUUCUCAUCUGAGCUUUAAGCCAGUGUCUGAGGGCGUUUUCACACCUGAAAGUGGUUUGGUUUGGUUUGUCAGGACAGUUUAUUUGUGCAAGUGCAAGUAGUGAGUCGAACCCUGGUGUAUCUAGACCUCUAGAGUUCGGUCUUGGGCUGUUGGACUCUGGUGCUGUUCUUUUUUUUGUAAGAACCUGAUCUUGAGCUGGCCUAACUUCAGGAAGCACUGCACUUUUUGCUACGGCAGAUUUUACGAGCUGAUAUUUAUUUUAGAAAACGGCGGCUCUCUGUUCGUUGAUGCUGAACAUGUGUUAGCAUCGACACAGACCACAGGCAUACCUGCCAAAUUUUCAGAGAGAUUUCCCUUCUCUCCUCAUAAAUGCUUUUUGACUCCUGUUAUUAUUUUCCAGCUGCAGCUGCACCCCCUUUUGAAACUAUACUGUUAACCUGCAUUUAUAAAUGCAAACAGUACUAAACUGAUGACCAGAGUAAACAUCCAUCCAUGUGUUUGUCCGUCCAUUUUGACCUUGGAAAGAUGCUUUGGAGCUGCCACAUUCAGGAACAAGUCUUUAUUAGCUUCUAAUGAUAGUGAACACAGACCAAACCUAAGCUAAUCCUGCGAUGGUGGAACAAAUGUGUCCAUGAUCCAGACCAGAGCAAACAAACUACAGGUGUGAAAGCUGCCCUUAGUCUUCAUCAGAGGAAGCACCAGCUCAUCUCUGCAGACUUUUCAUAAUGACAACAAUAGGCUGCUGGCCUGCUUCCAGAGAGAAACCUCUCCCAGAAUGCAUCUCUUAAUCUGAUCUGGACACUAUAAGAAGGGGCGGAGUCUGAGGCGAUGGGGUACAGGCAGACCCCCAGGGACUAAAGCUAUGAGGGCGGAGUGAAAUUGAGAUCUAAAGUAGCCUUAUAUUGAAUGCAGUUUAUUUUAACACACAUGCUUUCUUUAUUGAUUUUACUUUUUAACAGAAUCUCGCCUGUUUAGGUGGAAUCUUCCUUCUCUUCUUCUGUGAAGCUGCUCAACUAUAGAGAUCUACUUCCUGUUCAGACUGCAGGCUGUUUCCAUCACUUCCUGUGUCAGGUGUUAUUUUUCUACAGGGAUGUAGUUUUUCAGUUUAUCCGAUCACAUGCUCAAUGGUCUUAUACCGUUUUUAUUAUGUGAAUUCACGCACUUUGAACCUGUUUUUAACUCUGUGAGAGUUUUACCAUAUAUAUAUGUUUAAAAUAUCCUGCUUGGACAUAAAAUAAUUUCAGUUUUCUUUUCUCCCUGAGUGUUGCCUCUCAGGCGCUCUUUAAUGUCAUGCUGUUGAUUGAUGAAACCAACCAUGUGCCAUCAAACACCUGAAAGACAAAGUUAGAGGCAGGUCUAGUUUACUAGAAACUACAGAUAUGAAAAAAUGCAUUCCUUUUCCCAGAAUGCAUUGGAUAGAAGCAACCUGCAGUCUGUCUGAAGGUCAGGUGAUUUUGCAGUCAGCAGUGAUUGGUGCAUUGUUUUAAGAUCUGGUAAAUUUUCUGGGUGUUUUAUUGGGGUGGGUGGGGGGUCUGCUCAUAAAGACUUGUGAUGUCUUCAGUAUUCUCUCUGCUGUGAUUCUCUACUGAAUAAAACAUGCUGACAUCAA